AGCAGCAAAUAUUUAACGUAAGUAUUUCAAGUGGACCGUCGCGGCGGAAAGACGCGUCGAACGUUGUAUUAUCUGUGACACCUACCUGACGUAAAUAUUAUAGUGCCUGUACGAUAACAAAAUGGAUUUAAGCGUCGAGGAGUACAUCGAUGUCCUCUUUUCGAAAGAGUCGACAGAAAAACCAUCAGACACCAAAAGACCUGAAGAAUUGGAGAUAAGUAUACCGGAAUGGUAUGAUGAAAAAAAAUUUAACCAGUACGGCUCGACGAUUUUAUUGGGACCAUUGUUUUCAAUUUAGUAAUUCAAUGAUGGUGGGUCUUGUUGCGGUAUUUGCAGUACCCUCAAUACUCAAAGUCCUCAUAAGUACUAGAAGGUCUAACUCAGUGUACACAUCAUAUAGAAGAUAUUUGUCUACGGUUCUUCACACUGUGUCUUGGUUUGAACACGAGUUCAAGCCUGGAAGUCUAUCUUGGAAAUCAUUAAUGGCAGUUCGCACUCGACACGUAAAAGCGAGUUUAGCGUCCAAAAUCAAGGGAGUAGGAAUAAUCUCUCAAAGGGAUUUGGCCAUAACUCAAUUUGGAUUCAUAGGUAUAUCAUUAUUAAAGCCCGAUAAGUUCGGCAUUCAGCAAUUACAACCAGGUGAUUGGGAGGCCUAUAACCAUUUUUGGAGAACGAUUGGCUACGCUAUCGGCUUAGAAGAUAGGUACAACAUUUGUCGGGCUACUUUCAAAGAGACCCGAGAAGUUUGUCAUAUUCUCAAAGAGCGUGUAUUCACACCAUGUCUAACGAAUGUACCAGAAUAUUUUGAGCACCUUUCCCGUUGCUUGCUUGAUGCUAUGUGGUGUGUUAAUCCUACUAUUAACAUUGAUGGAUUGCUGUAUUUAACGAAGCACCUUAUGGAUGUGCCUGGCUACGUUUAUACGGAAACAGAAAGAGCCAACUUACAAGACAAAAUAAGGGACAUGCUUGGCGGACAGUCUGAAGACAUAGGUGUCAAUGUCAACAGAUUCAUAUUAGAUCCGGCAAUUGAGGGAUGUCCUAAUCCAUCGCCUAGGCUUCUAUACCUACGUCACUAUGAUAGUAUCAAAACUAUCCCCGAAUAUAAAAGUCUGCCUUUCGCUGGCAAAUAUAGAUUAGCUAUGAUCACCCUAUUUUCUACAUUCUAUACGACCUACUUGGGAAGGUUAUAUUUAAACAUAAAUUUCAGAGUCACGAUAUUUCUCCUUAAAUAUUUUCCCUUUUUGGCAUUUACUCGAUUCGGAUAUUUCGCUUCAUUUGUUAAUAUUUUUGAAGAAGACCCGACUGAUGAUGCAGUGGUCAAACCAAACUCGGAAUAUUAUAAACCAAAACCUAAAGAACCAUGGUAUAAAGCAUACCUACCGUUCUAAUUGUUUUUAAAAUAUAGUUGCUCAAAGCAAAAACUUGUUAAAAACAGGUUGUGGCGUUUAUAAAAACUAUUUAGAUUUUCGAUAAAAACUUGCUCGGGAAAACAAGGCUUACAUUUAAGGUCAAAAUAUUUACGUUAUUCUUAUUUUGGUGGUUAGAGGAGAUAGAGCAGUAUUAUGUAUAAACUAUGCGAUCAAGAAAUAAAAACUUUACACAUCAUUCUUCAAACGAUUUAUGUAAUUUGUAUCUAAGGUGCACUGUACUAUUUUUGCAUUUAGUUUUGUAUUUUGUAUGACAAAUACGUAAGGAUUAUUAUCUUUAUAUACAUAAUAAUGACAAUACAUUAGAAAUAAUAAUAUUUACAAUCCAGUAAUUAAAUACGGUAUAUUGUAGUUUCUAAUUAGUAUUAUUCAUUUUAAUACCUCGAAGAGAUUUCUGUAUACAAUACACGUAUUUCUCGCGAACAACGCAUUACAAUUAUUAUUAUAAUUACCAGAAAAGUAGAGUAUGUAAGACUAUGGUGUUUUUGACUAGCCUAGUCUAGUUAGGAUCUUGGGAUAUACUUAAGUCUCAAUAAUAAAAUUAAUGUUUUUUAAAA